GGUUUGCCAUGGUUUCUUUUUAUAGUUUUUACCCUCCCAAACCAUUUGAAAACCCCAAGAAAGAGACCCUCCUUGAUGAACUCAACUUUGAUUCUUCAUCAUCAGACCAAAUCCCAAUUUUUUUUAGUAUUUUAUAAAAUAUAAAUAUGUUUCAAACCAAACCCACGUUUUCUCUUCUCUUCUCUUCUCUUCAUUUCUUUGCUCUUGUCUUCUCUCCCCAUAUGGUCAAAACACACACUCCAACUCUCAAUCUUUGAUUUCUUAACAAAAAAAAAAAAAAAACUAUUUUUUAAAAUUUUUCUUGGAAUGCUCUCUUAGUUUUUAUUUUUGGGUCUUAAAUUUUUUUUCCUUGCACAGUUUGUUGUGUAAUUAUAUAUGUCUGCAUGACUCAAUCAUAUGAUAUGGGUAUUGCUUUCUCUUUAUUUGGAUAUUUGUCAGAUUCCACAAAAAAAGAUAAUCUUGAAAUGGGUUUGUGGCUUUGUUUGAUUCUGAUGUGUUCCAUUCACUGAUUCACUGUCCUUGGCGCUUCUAGAUCUGUUUGCGGCUCUGCUCGAUCCACUGCUUUUCUUUUUUCUUGCUUUACCAUUACCCACAAGGUCAGAUCAUGGCAAAUAUAUAUAAAUUUUUUUUCUUCUUCUUUGGAAGUUUAUAGUUGUUGCUUUGUUUCUCUACUUUCAGCUUCCUAUUUCUAGUUGAUGAGAGAAUUUAGUUGCUUUGAACUAUUUAGUGAUGCACAAAAGAGUUGGCUUUUGUGUUGUACACUAGUUCUAUGAAAAACAAAACACAAUAGGGUCUCUCUCUACUGUUUAAUGCUUUGAGUCUGAGAACUUGAUGAUGCAUAGGUACCAGAAUAACAAUAAGGUGGUUGGGGGGUUUACUGGGUUUUUGCCAAUUAGGCUGAAUUCUUUGAUUCUUCUAUAUUUGGUCAUGGUGCAUAGUUACAUAAACCCUCCAUCUCAGAGGUAUAUGAUAUAAGUCCUGAGAGUGUGUUCUAAGUAAUGGGUAACGGCACUUCUCGUGUUGUUGGUUGUUUUGUGCCAUUUAGUGGGAAAAAUGGUGUUGAUAUAGAGUUCUUAGACCCACUAGAUGAAGGAUUAGGCCAUUCCUUCUGUUAUGUUAGGCCAUCAAUUUUUGAAUCUCCUGCCAUUACCCCUUCAAACUCAGAAAGGUAUACUGUUGAUUCAAGUACUCUUGAUUCGGAAACGUUAAGUGGGUCGUUUAGACAUGACAUGAUAGAUGAUCCCUCGGGGUUUCAUAGACCAAUCAAGAGCAUCCCGGAAACCACAUUUAAAACCAUUUCGGGUGCUUCAGUCAGUGCCAAUGUUUCUACAGCUCGGACUGGUAACCAGAGUGCACUGUUUUCCAGUGAUGUCCAAGAGCCUGCUGCAUCAUUUGAUUGCACCUCCUCAUUUGCUGCAAUCCCUUUGCAGCCUGUACCUCAUUGCUCUGGACCAUUGAAUGGGUUCAUGUCUGGACCUCUUGAGAGAGGUUUUGCUUCAGGCCCUUUGGAAAGGGGAGGUGGUUUCAUGUCUGGGCCAAUUGAGAAGGGAGUAAUGUCUGGUCCACUUGAUACUACUGAUAAAUCUAACUUCUCUGCACCGCUUGCACAUGUUCAUCGAAGACCAGGCCUCCAGCGUCUCAUGAGGAGUGUGAGUGGGCCAAUGAAGAGUGCUUUCUCCCGGACCUUCUCAAAACAUUCUGUUGGGCCUGGUUGGAUGCAACGGUUUUUCUUGCACCCAGUGUCUCAAUUGGCCUGGCAUCCCAAGGAGCCAAAGUUUCGAUCAGAAGCCUCGCGAAACUGUCCUGAAGGAGGCCCAUCGGAAGGGGAGUACAGAUGUACUCAAAACUUGCAAUGGGCUCAUGGAAAGGCUGGUGAAGAUAGGGUUCAAGUUGUGCUUUCUGAAGAACAAGGAUGGUUGUUUAUUGGGAUAUAUGAUGGUUUUAGUGGGCCAGAUGCUCCAGAUUUUCUGAUGAGCCAUCUUUAUAAAGCUAUAGACAUAGAACUGGAAGGACUGCUUUGGGAUUAUGAAGAUAAACCUCUUAAUGAUCCUUUGAAACCUGAACUCCAUAGCACUGGAAAUACAGAAGUGGCUUCAGAGCUCUGCAAGGAGGACCAGCUGAAUCCUUCUUGUAGUGGACUUUCUUGUAGUUUAGAGGAAUCAUGUAUCCCAGGAAUUGUUAGAGGUCAAUCUUCUAACUUUGAAAUAGUUGAGGAAAAUGAGGAAGUUCGGAUCAGUUUUGAACCCAAUUGUGAGAAGCCCAGCGUCUCAGGAAUACCAGCUACUUCUGUUCCAAUUGCAAAUUUGACAGGUCAAGGCAGAAAAAGCAUGCGGCUCUAUGAGCUACUUCAGAUGGAACCUUGGGAUGGGCAAGGUUCUAUGUUAAUCUCAGAGGUUGGGAACCGAAAAAAGGUUUCACGGGAUUGUCAAUCGAGCCAAGAAACUUUGGAUUCUAGGGAAACCUUACAAGAAGAUCAAGUAAGAUCUUGCUCAUUGAACCCCAAAGGAGAUACUUGUAGCCUUCGGGGUGAAGAUCCCACUACUUCAGGUGAGGAUCAAGCAGUUAGGGUUGAUUCCAUUAAUCAUGGUGCUGUCACUGCUCUUUCUGGUUCAAGACAGAGGCAGAAUACUAGAAAGUCAUUAAUCAGUUCAAAGAUUAGAAAAAUGUAUCGGAAGCAAAAGUCCCUGCGUAAGAAACUUUUUCCUUGGAGUUAUGAUUGGCACAGAGAGGAGACUUGUGUUGAUGAGAGAAUGAUUGAACCCUCGGGACCUAUUAGGAGAUGCAAAUAUGGUGUUAUUGAUCACGAUGCGGUUUUAAGAGCAAUGGCUCGAGCUCUUGAGAGGACUGAAGAGGCUUACAUGGAAAUGGUGGAAAAGGCUCACGACAAAAACCCAGAGCUUGCUUUGAUGGGUUCAUGUGUUCUAGUGAUGUUAAUGAAGGAUCAAGAUGUGUAUGUCAUGAACCUGGGGGAUAGCCGUGUGAUCUUGGCUCAAGAAAGACCAAAUGACCGUUAUCCUAAUUCAAGUUUUUUGAAAGAUGAUGCAAGGCAUGGGAAUAGAUCCAGGGAGUCAUUAGUGCGCAUGGAGCUGGACAGAAUAUCAGAGGACUCUCCAAUGCAUAAUCAGCACGGUCAGGUUAGCAAGUUAAAUAAAAACAGGGAGAUUUCGAUGUGCAGAUUAAAGAUGAAAGCAGUUCAGCUUUCCACUGAUCACAGCACAAGUGUUGAACAGGAAGUAAUUAGAAUUAGGGCAGAACAUCCGGAUGACAACCAGGCUGUAUUCAAUGAUCGAGUGAAGGGACAAUUGAAGGUCACCAGAGCAUUUGGUGCUGGUUUCCUGAAGAGGCCAAAUUGUAAUGAAGCUCUGUUGGAGAUGUUUCAGAUUGAUUAUGUGGGAACUGUUCCUUAUGUCAGCUGCAUUCCUUCCAUUCGUCACCAUCGACUGUCUUCAAGUGAUCGAUUCCUGGUUCUCUCUUCUGAUGGACUUUACCAGUACUUUAGCAAUGAAGAGGUAAUUGCCCAUGUAACUUGGUUCAUGGAAAAUGUUCCUGAAGGUGAUCCUGCUCAGUACCUCAUUGCAGAGCUUCUCUUCCGUGCUGCCAAAAAGAAUGGAAUGGAUUUUCAUGAAUUGCUGGAUAUUCCUCAAGGGGAUCGACGUAAAUAUCAUGAUGAUGUUUCUGUUAUGGUGGUUUCACUGGAGGGAAGGAUCUGGAGAUCAUCUGGAUAAUUGUUUCACAUUUACUUUUUUUUUUUUUUUUUGGCUCCUCUCUUGGCUAGGCUUUUUUCACAUUUGCACAUUGCAUCAACAAUGUCACAAUUUUCGGGCAAGGGGUAAAUCAUUAAUGCAUUCAGAAUCUGAAUCAGAGUCUCAACUUUUUGAGAUAGAAGUUUUUUUUUUCCUUUCUUCCUCCUUUAUGUUUAAGAUUGGUAUACAUAAGGCAGGAUGAUCUAACCAUGUUGCUAAAAGGCUGUCAUAGAUUUUCACCAUUCAAGGAUACUGUAUACUUCAUAUUCAUCUUAAUGAUACUUGGACGGUGGUUGGGCAUUGACCAAGAAGCCAUGAAUACAUGGUUGUUGCCUGGCUUAAUUUCACUUCACCUUCACUACAUGUACACUUCAGUUCUUCAUUCUGUUUAAAUUUUUUUCUGAUUGUACUUCAAAUCAAUUUGAUUUACCAAUUAAAACAGUCUGGAAAGACUGUGGCUAGAAGAUUGACAAACAGUCUUUAUUACCUUUAGUACUCAGAAUUAUUUGUGGAAAUUAAGACCAGAAUGUGCAGUUAAAAUAAUGCCAUUGAUGGAUUCUCUCUCA